AUGCCCAACAUCAAAGAGGACGGCGGAGAUGCCCCAUCCCUGCCCGCGUCCCUAGACAUCAACCCGCUCAAACUCUUCGAUAUUGCAAAAUCUGAAGGACGGCCACUGUUUGCUGCGGCACCGAUGGUGCGGUAUGGCAAGCUGGCAUUCCGAGAAACCGUAGCACAAUAUGGUGUUGAUUUAUGCUGGACGCCGAUGAUCCUGGCAAAAGAGUUCAAUCGCUCUCUGCUCGCAAGGCAAAGUGAUUUCACAAUAUCGCCGGAAUCACCCCCAACAAUUUGUCAGUUCGGAGCCAACUCGCCCCUGGAGCUCUCCCGUGCCACAUCCCUUAUUGCGCCCUACGUAAACGGGAUCGAUAUAAAUUGCGGAUGCCCACAAUCCUGGGCGUGUGCCGAAAGUCUCGGGGCAGCAUUAAUGAACAAGCGAGAACUUGUUGCAUCUAUGGUUAAGGCUGCAAAAAACGCUCUUGAAUCCCAAGGCUACGACUCCCAAAAAACCAUCUCAGUCAAAAUCCGCGUCCACUCGGACCUCCGCCAUACCAUAGAUUUCAUCCGCACCGUUACCGACGCGGGCGCUUCAUUUAUAACUAUCCACGGCCGGACUCGCAGCACACCGUCCUCCAAUCCCGUCAAUCUUGACGCAAUCAAGCUCCUGCGUUCCCACACGCCUCUCCCUGUUCUGUCGAACGGCGAUGUGUUCACUCUCUCCGAUGCUUUGCGCCAUGCCGAAGAUACGGGCGUAGAUGGCGUUAUGGCAGCUCGAGGGCUUUUGCUGAAUCCGGCGCUGUUCGACAGGUCACGUGGAGCUGGGUAUGAGCUUGGGGAGCGAGAAGGAGAAGGAUGUACCUGGGAUGUCGUGGAAACCUUCAUGAAUAAAGUGAGCAGAGAGCCUAUUCCAUUUAAAUUAGUGGUACACCAUUUGGGUGAGAUGUGCGGAAGCGACAGGGGGCAGAGGGGAAAAGGGGCAUUAUUGAACAAAGAGGAGAGGGCAAGGUUAGUGGGGUGUAAUUCAUUUUUGGAGGUGAUGGAUUUACUAGAUGAAGUUAGGGAGGAUCAGGGAGGUUUAAGGAGGUUGUGA